CCCUGUCUCUCCGUCUGUCUCUCUCGCGCUCCGAUAGUCCGAUCCCUGUCCCUGCGUCUGAACUCCGGGCUCCGGCCGGCGCCAGCGCCACCGAGAGCCGGCGACAACGCCGCCAACCAAGUAGAUCCUUGCAGUCGUGAGUAUGCUGUUGCUGGCGCAGGCCGCUGCAUACAGCAUAGGCCGUACGCGUGUCGCGUCCUCCGUACCAGUGGGAGCUGCCUAUAAGAGCUUUCCUGCUGCACUUGCGACAAGGUCUUGUUCGCUGUGCAGGAAAGGGUCAGUGCGAAAAGUGUGCAGUCGCAGCUGGGACUUGGAGAAAACCGACUUGGACGCUGGAACUCGAAGGAUCCGCACGCGAGGCUUCUCGGUAUACGCUGCAUCCGUGUUGCGGGACACGAAGGAUAAUCGUCAUCGCAGGGCCGAUCACGGGCGCGAUGCAGUGCAGGAGGGCUUUGGCUCGGACUUUGGCGGAGCAGCCGAGGACAGAUUUUAGCGGCAAGGGGCUCCGGCUUCGCCAUGCUCGACCUUGCAAUAUCAAGCGGUACGUCUCAUUGCACCUAUGGACAUUGAUUCUGCCGUACGUUUAUCCGCACUCUUCCUUUCAUCUCUGCAGCUACUGCUCUGAUGCACCUUUUAACACUCCUUCUCGUCUUCUCGCAUUCUGCUGCACACAAGCGCUGCAGGAUAGCGUUCUUUCUCUAAUCAUAUACAUAUAUGUAUAAUCAUUGGUAAUUGUUAUACUGAUACUGAUAUUGAUAUUGAUAUUGCGCUGCCACUGCUCCUGCUGCUCCUGCUGCUCCUGCCGAUGCUGCUGCUACAUGUAUGCGAGCACUAGGUCCGCUGCAGCCGCCGCGAUCGAAUGCAAAUAGACGUAUAAGUAUUAUACGCGAGCACAAGUAGUAGAGCUCCGGCUCGCGUCGGCCGCGCGGCUAUGUUUUCGUAUACACCGCAAUUCUGACAGGCUCGAAAUUUUAGAUAUAUCCACAUCGGGCCCUCGUAGUGUUUACACGAUUACGUGCGUAGUCUAGUAUCUAUAGAGUGUCAUACUGUAGUGAAUUAAUUGCAAUUAACUCAUACUUUAUAGCGGAUAUAAUUUUUCAUUUUCAACGCGUAUAGAUGUCCGUAGGAGAUGAAGCGAGUAGGAGACUAUAGAGAGAUGCAACCUCGGAAAUGGCUUGUGCUUUUCGGUAUUGUCUACCCAUAGAGUUCCGCCAUCGGUACCCGCACACGAGGGUGAAAGAGUAAAUAGAGCGAAGCAUGUUCGGGACGAAAAUAAAGAGCUGGAUGGAGGCGCAGAUAGCGCGCUCCCGGGCCAAAAGGAAGGAACGAGCUGCGGGAAGAGUGCCAGUGACUGCUGCUGCUGCUGCUGCUGCUGCUCAGCCACCGCCACCGGCAGCGCUGCAGGCGAGGCUGCCGCUCUGGAACCAGCCCGCCGCCGGGGCCCGCCGCGACGAUCAGGAGGCCUGCAGCACUCUCUUCGAUCCGCAAUUUUUUUUGGCUCCCGCCGCCGACCACGAGUUUAAAGAGAUCCUGUCGGCGCUGCCGGUGUCCUCCUCGAGCCUCCGCGGCCGCGACGAGUCGGCCCAGCACCACGUGCAGCAGCACAAGGCCAGCGCCGCGGUCAACCUGUCCUCGCCGGAGAGCGCCUACAGCACGGGCUACUCGACCGACGGGACCUCGCCCUGCGCCACCUACGCCCCCGAGCACUACAUCAGAGUCCGGCCGGGAGCCGGCAAUGCCGCGGAGCCGCCGGAGGAGAACCGCUGGCGCAGGCCCACUCCGCCGAAGAGCAGCCGGCCGCUCGCGGACGCCGCGCACCAGGCCCGCAGCCCGUCGGCCAAGCCCGGCCAGCUCCUCGGCGAUGCCCACGCGCACGCGGCCGACCACCCGGCCCAGCUGUUCUCGCCGAGGAGGAUGCCCCCGCUGCUGGCCAGCACCAGCACCCAGGUCACGCCCGCCAGGACGAGUCGCUCCUCCUCGAGGCCGCGGCCGGCCCGCCCGGAGCCCGCCGGCAACCUGCCUCGCAUGCGGGACCGCUGCUGCCGGCAGGAGAGCCUCAGCGUCGGACGCAGCCCGGUCAACCGGGCCGUCUGGCGACGCGCCGGCUCGGCGGCGCUCCGGCCGCGCCGCAGGACCAGCAGCGCCAGCAGCGGCGCCAGCAGCAGGAGCGGUCGGAGCCGCAGCCUCAGCAGCGACGGCAGCAGCAGCAGCAGCAGCAGCAGCCGCAGCAGCAGCGGCUGUUGCGAGAGGAGCGCCGCCGGCCCCCUCAGCACGUCGCGCAGCCCCAGCAGCAGCAGUCGCAGCCGCAGCAGCAGCGAGGACGACCUGACGCUUAACGAGCUCGUGGGCAAGUUCGACGAGAACUACCUGUGCGACAAGCGCGGCUCGAGUUCCAACGGCUACAGCUCGUCGGCAAACUUCUCGUCGGAGGCCAGCGCCAGCAGCAGCCUCGACCGCUCGAGCGCGAGCCGGAGCCGGCCGCCCGGGCUGCGGGCGCAGCAGCAGCAGCAGCAGCAGCAGCAGCAGCAGCAGCAGCUGAGGAGGCGGAGAAGCCGGCCCGGCCAGCUCGAGAGCAAGGAGCCCGAGCCGCCGGCCAAGACCGCGGAGACGAAUCGCGCCCUGCUCGAGCGGCUGCUCAUGAGGAAGAGCUCCUCGAGGCGAUCCCUCAUGGUCAGGCCGGUCUGGGGCGCGGGCGCGACCGCCUCGGCGAGUCGAAGCCUCGGCGGCACGCCCAUCUGCCUCAGACGGAGGAAUCGGCUGCUCGUGCCGCAGCCCCCGCCGGCGCCCCUCGCCGCCGCGGCCAAGGCGAGUCAGCUCCGGGCCCAGCCGGCACUGGAGGGCUGCGCGAGCUCGCUCAACGACAUCUCGGCCUCGGAGCUGGCGCUGCUCGAGGCGGACCAAGAGGCCGACCGCAAGUACGCCCAGCUGAUAAUGGAGGCCGAGCGGAUGCUCAUGAACGUCCAGCAGCAGUUGCAGCGCGACGAGUCCGCGAGCAACAGUCGCCGCGGCUCGAGCGCGUCCGUCGCCAACGCCUCGGACAGCUGCUCCCCUUCUCGAUUCCCUCGGCGAGCGUACCUCAGCACGGCCUCCGCGCCGAACAGGCGGGUCGAGCUCAUCAAGAACGCCGAGCUCAAUAUCGAGCUGGCCCUGCUCAAGAGCCGGAACUCACAGCCCGAACUCUCCAGCGGCAGCAUCAAGGAUCUCCUCGAUCAUUCCAGUCCGAAGAGACUGCUCCAGCAGAAGAAAACGAUUGAUCCUGCUCAGCUGGCUGCUGCGCAAACAACCGCUGCAACUCUACGAGCUGGCACUAACCCGGCUUUCCCGGCCUUCCAAUCGAUUGAUGUUCAUCCGGUCGCAUCAGCGCUAACGCCACAACAUGAUUGCAAGGAAUUGAGCGCGGUCUCUCAACAUUACGCGUGUCCACAAAGCGAGCCCGUCAAACGGAAGGUGUACGAGGAUCAACAAGACGGCUGCCGACUACUUCAGCACCAAGCUGCCCCUUGGCUACGAAACUCUGAUGGCGAUUGCACGGCUACUGAUCUUCAACCGCAGCAUCAACAUUUACAAUCAGCUUCGGCAUGCUCCUCUUUGUCGCAGCUACGCAAGCAUGCGUUGAUUGAAACCCUGCAGGGUCUCAAGCAAAGCUUGGAGGACCAGUCGGCAUCUCUCAAACUCAACUGUCUUCGGCCAAUAUAGGCAGUUUUGUCUACAACUGCCAUCAACUACUAUUGAUACUACAAUACUCCUACUAACUACUACUGCUACUACUAUUAUUACUAAUAAUACUUCCUUCCUUAGUCAUUAUUCCUAAAUAGACUGCCUUGAAGCUAUUUUAUAUACUAUUAUAUCGUAAUAUGCAGUAAUUGUAGGACUAUAAUUUAACAAUCCAGUACUGCACUAGUUCACGUGAUAAUGAAAAUAUACAACAAAAAAGCUACCACAAUGCAAACUUGCUCCUGAAAGAGCUAUAUAAUUUGAAAAAAUCGUUUCAACAAUCAUCAACACUUGUGCAUCACGAGAUUGGUUUUUUUUAAAAUACUUUUUCUAUUAGUUACACAAUCUCACACGCUACACUGACAUCUGAUUCCUCUUAAUGAGGGACCACCGUAACUUCUAAGUGAGCUGGACAUUGUGUGUCAAGGAGAUCUGAGAGAACGAAAUAAUCCAGAGUACGCUUUUAGCCAGAAUAAACAAUAAAAGAUCAAUCUGAUCUAACCCAAAGCGUUUAACCUGUCGAAAAUUAUAUUUUAUGUAUUCUUUUUCCAAUAGGAUUCUGUUAAUAAAAGCUCUUGUUUUUCUAAAAGUUGGGAGCAAUCGAUAGCGUGAAUUUAACAUUGGUAGUAUAUCUAUAAAUGGUGGCCCCUUGAGUAUAUUUACUUUGACUACUGAAAAAAACUUUGAUAAGUCUCCAAUCCCAAAAAUUGGUGGACCCAGACUGUGCAUAAAUGCAAAAAAUCUUCGUAUCUAAUAAUGACAUAGAAAAAGCUGCAGUUUCUACGUUUUCAGCACAGCAUUAUUUACUUUGUGAAAUGUGAAAAAGCAGUAACUUAUAAUUAUGUUAAUCAUUCAGCCAACUUGCUUGGUUCCUCAAGCAAACAAAGCUUGAGUGUCUCUACUAAUCUAAUAGCUGUCAUUUCUGUUCAAGUCGCAGCUUUUUUUUAGCGAAGGAUGCUGUAAAACAAAUGCGAUAAAAUUUUAUAAUGUGCAAUAAGUAACUUAUAGAUUGUUCUAUAUACAUACAAUUUUCUUAUUAUACUCAUUAAAAUAAAACGUUGAACAUCAAGUUGUAA